UGAAAUUAUUUUGCUAAAUUGCAACAAUAAUAGAGAACAUUUCCAACAGAAAAAAAAGAGAAGAACGCUGUGGGAAUCUUCAAAAUUGGUCAUUUACAGAUUCAUAUUUAGAUUCAGGUUUGUUUGCUACUUCUAGAACUGCAGUUGCUCUUGGAGUUUUAAAAAAAAUAACUAAGGGUUGACCAUGUUGGUCUUUGCAGUAAGCAGUGGUAUUAACUUCUUCAGCUGCUUUAAGGAGGGUGGGGAAAGAAUGUUGGUGAACUGAUGCUUCUGCAUAUGGAUCCUGUCAUUAUGACAGGAGUCAGUGUUGGCUGUUAUUAUUAUUUCUACUGUUAUAAAAAACUAUUUUUGAGAUUUUUUUUUUUUUCGGUACAAGUUGAGGUUGAGUCAACACAACUUAAUAUUUUCAUUGAACAAAAACACUAAAUUACAAAUGACAUAGCGUCGCUUGCACCCCUACCAAAAGCUAUAACCUGCCCCCGCCCCCCACCUUUAGAACCACUGAUGUAGAGUAUCUCAGUGGUCUUCUCAGAUGCCUGUAUAAUUAGCAACAUUAAAGGCUCACGGUCCAUCACACAGACUGUAAUCCUGAUAACGGGUUCCCAGAUAUGUUUACAUGUAUUGUGAGUCCAGGACUCACUUCUUACAAAGGGGGGAGGGUGUAGAAUUCCUGGGGGCUUCGCUCCUCCUCUGCUGCUCAGUCACUGUGUCACUGGAGCACAGACGAUCACCGCUGAGCUCCAUCAUUGAUCAACGUUGAUCUGUUGCACUAAUCUCUGUUAAAGUCUGGAGUUUGUUUGUUUGUUUUGUGUUUUUGUUGUGUGUUUUUUUUUCCUGGCGACAGUAUGGAGUCUCUGAGGUGACACUGGAAAAGCCUGUGCACACCGAGGUGUAACCGGAGGGAUCAGGACGGAUGGGUGGAGGGUCGGCCGGGGGGAUUUCUGAGGCUGAGUCCACUUCCUAAAGUAAACUGAGGAGGCGGAUCAUUUUGCUGCGAUGAUGAUGAAGUCAGUGGAAUGUUAGCUGGAAGGUUGGUGCUGUGAAUCAUCAUGGAGGGGAAGAAGGAUGAAGGAGGAGGAGGAGGAGGAGGGCCGUGGUCAUCUUCCUACACCUGCUGCAGGAGCGGACUUGUAGCUUUGCUUUUCUUAGUCCUGGUUAUUGGAGUCUUUGUAGGACUGUUAAUUGCCUUUCUGGUGCAGGAGGAGCGUUAUUUCAUGGAUACGGUGGAGCUGAAGGGUCUGAAGUACGAUCCUGUUUUACAGGAUGAGAACUCUGGUUUCUCUAUAGUCCUGUCCUCCGUUCUGAAGUCUAAGGUCAAAAAUGUCUUCGGCGCUUCAUCAAUAUCACAUCACUAUGUUGAUUGUUCUGUUGUUGCCUAUGGUAACAUAAAUGGUGAGGUGAUGGUGACAUUCAGACUGGUCUUCAGGGUCUCUAAGGUCCAGCAGUAUUCAGACAGUUUCAUUCAGGAUUUCCUGAGAGCUGGGUUUAGCGCAGUAAUGCACGGCAAACCUCUGGAGGUGCCAGAGUUCGGGCAGAUCAACGCUAUCGUCUUACUGGGUGCUAGUGGGAAGUCAUUUUUUGUCAUUGGCGACGAAAUGAUUGCCAGAUGUCCUGAAAACACUUUCACUUGUGACAGUGGAGAAUGUGUCACUAAGUUGAAUCCAGAGUGUGACUUUGUCGCCGACUGUGCGGAUGGAUCAGAUGAAGCUCGCUGUGGUGAGUCGUCCUCUUACUGCAAGUGGGACAACGACCCCAGAGAGUGGACCGCCCUGGUCGGUGCCAGACUGGUGAGCGGUGAAGAGUCAGAGUCCAAGACGUAUAACAUCAAAUCCCUGAUGGUGUCACCAGAAUAUAAUCCUAUGACCACUGACAACGACGUCACGGUGCUGGAGCUGGACACACCUCUGACCUUCGGUUCCUACAUCCAGCCGGUCUGUUUGCCGUCUCCGUCCCACGUCUUCGCUUCAGGCCAAAGCUGCAUCGUGUCCGGCUGGGGAGCGCUGCAUCAGUUCAACCCCGCCGUGCCUCCGACGCUGCAGAAGGCGGUGGUGAAAAUCAUCGACUCGAAGGUGUGCAACAAGUCGUCCGUGUACAGAGGUUCAGUAACUCACAACAUGAUGUGUGCUGGAUUCCUGCAGGGCAAGGUGGACUCAUGUCAGGGUGACUCUGGGGGUCCUCUGGUGUGUGAGGGGGCUCCUGGCAGGUUCUUCCUGGCUGGGGUGGUGAGCUGGGGUAUCGGCUGUGCUCAGGUCAACAGGCCUGGGGUGUAUUCUCGGGUCACACGGCUGCGCAACUGGAUCCUCAGCCACACAGAUCCCAGCCUGGUCAGUUAUGACUCCCAACAUGUUCCUACGAUCCCUGUCACUGAGAAAGAAGUUAGCUUCAAUAAACCGCCAGCGUCCAUGACUGUAGCCAUGGAUACGUUUUCUGCACCAACUCCUCCUGUGAGUCAGAACUGCAGUGACAACUUCCACUGCAGCGCCACAUUCUGCAUCGACAAAGUGAACCCAGAGUGCGAUGGUGUCCCCGACUGUCCCAACCAGGAAGAUGAGAGAAACUGUGAUUGUGGAUUGCGUCCUGCGUUGGGUUCCCAAAGGAUUGUGGGUGGAGUAACAGCUCGUAGAGGGGAGUGGCCUUGGAUUGGUAGUCUGCAGUACCAGAGACUUCAUCGCUGUGGCGCCACUCUCAUUCACAGCAGAUGGUUACUGACUGCAGCGCACUGCUUUAAAAGUGAUUCGAGCCCAACCAACUGGGCCGUGAGCCUGGGGUCCGUGUUGCGCUCGGGGAUCGGAGCCCUGGUCAUCCCCAUCCAGAAUGUCAUCAUUCACCCAGCAUUCAAUUCCACCAACAUGGACUACGACGUGGCUCUGCUGGAACUGGCAGCUCCCGCUCCCGUGUCCUACACCAUCCAGUCCGUCUGUCUGCCCUCUGCUGUGCAUCUCUUCCCAAUGAACGCAGAAUGUUACAUCACAGGCUGGGGAUCCACGAGAGAAGGAGGUUCACUGACCAACCUCCUGCAGAAAGCUGCCGUGAACAUCAUCCAGCAGGCAGAGUGUCAGCAGCCGUAUGGAGACGUCCUGACCAAUAACAUGAUGUGUGCCGGACACAUGGAGGGAGGGAAAGACACCUGCUUGGGAGACUCUGGGGGACCACUGACCUGUCGUCAGCAGUCUGGCCAGUGGUUUAUUGCUGGAGUGACCAGUUGGGGACAUGGAUGUGGGCGAAUGGGUUUUCCAGGGGUUUACACUCGAGUGACGUCGGUCAGGAAAUGGAUAUCUACUUACAUACCAUUCUGAAGAGGUAAAAAAAAAAACAGCUUUACCGCUACGGAAAUGUCAGACUGCAUGAGUACCAUGAGUUACACCAGGACAUUGUACUGUACAAGGACUGAAGUCAUUCUAAAAGCCAAAAGACAUUAUUUGUUACCAAAGUAUUGAACAUUUACUGUGCAGUCAUCGGAAAUCCUCUCUAUGUGUACUGACGAAAUAAGAAGAAUCCUACCGGAAACAAGCAUGACUGAAAGUAUUUAUUUUAGUUAUUUAUUUUUCUGACCAUUAUGUUUACUGGUUUACAUGUGGGGCGUAAAUAUAUAUGUGGUUUAAUGGGUAUGUUUUUUUUUUUGGAGAUAGUUGAUUGCUCCCUGUUUGGUGUGCCUUUCUUGUAAAAUUUUUUUUUUGUGAAAUAAUAGGUAAAUAAGGUUCAAGGGGAAUUCAGCCUUUUUACUUGACUUUGAUAAAGGCAGCACUGGAUGGCAUUUCCUACACAGAAACAAAACAUCCACCUGUUUGACGAGCUUGAUUCUAAAAAAAAAAAAAAUCCAUGCAUUAGCUCAGUCAACCUUCAGUGUUGCUCAUAUGCUUGUCUGGCUCUAACGUCCCUACGCAGAGUCAGCAGGCUGAAGGAAAGUGGAUUCUGAUUUCCAGACAGCAGAGAAAAAAAAAACGGAGAAAGGUUCAGUACCCCCAUUUACAGUCAGGCAGACCUUGCUAAAACAAGCCCAUUACUGUGGAGGGCAGCAUAUAGAGUAACAACCAGAAAGCAGGUCAGACAAAACUGUUUUGUUCUCCGGGCGUACUUUGAUAGCAAACUAUUUAAAGGCUUGUGAAUGUCAGGUCCGUGGUUGUGAAAACAUUAAGGUGCUACUCAAUUCAUCCUGCCGAAUUUAAGUAGAGCUUCUGGAGCGGGAGCACGUUGAGGAAAGCCUUUGUUGGGCUCU